AUGAACGGGCAGGACGUUCCAGUUCACGUACACCCUUUGGAUGGAUAUCUAGUUUCACGCUGGUAUAAUACAACGGACGGAUUAAAAGAGAUCACUGAUUAUGUGACCGACCUUUUCAAUAUUGAUGUAUCAGAAGUCCGUGUAUCUGGCGAUUUAUUCAAAAUGAUUGAAUGGGUGAACAGUAGACAAAAGACACCGUUGAAAAAAGUGGUUGCCUGGAUUGCUUGCCCAGCAGAAAAUAAAAUUAUAUACCUCGUGAGGGACUGCACAACUUUAUCUGAAAUAAGCAUUCUCUCAAAGGCUCCACCCAAUUUCCGCAUAUUGGGAAAUUUCCGAAGAAUCGAUUGCUUAGAUAUCUGGCAUGGACAAUGGGUGACACUUGACAACCUAUUAACAAUGGAUGGAACUGAUAUUAUUCUGGGAUCAUCUAGUCUGUCUAAUAGUGAUUUGAAUUUUUUUCUGAAGCAUUGGCAGUCUGGAGGGUGUCCUCGAUUGAAACUAUUCUGCGCCACAACUGAUUCCGUAGAUAUCUUACAAGUACUUGAUGGCCUCAUGCAUAAUGCAGUUUUUGUGGAGAAUCGUCGAGACUACACCAGCCCAUUUGGAUACAUCAGAAUCUUGUCAGGUGGAUAUGACAUUCAACGUGAGGAUGGUGUGACUGCUACAGUUUGCAAACAGGAAAAUGGAACCUUGGUUAUUGCAGUUUGGCCUGAGACCACUAUUAAUGAUAAAUAA